UUUCUCCUUCCCUCUUUCCCCGCCUCAGGUGGAGCAGCAACCCCCAGAAAAGGACUUUCUCCUCCUUCUUCUCCUUCUCCUUCUUCUCAUCAGCCGCCUUGUCCUCGCCUUGGCUGACCAUGAAGAGAAGGGGGCGACCCCGGGCGCCUCGCGGAGCCUGAGGCGGACGACAAGGGUGGCCCCAAAGGGCCAGGCUUUUCCCAAAGGCCUCCUGGCCGGGAAGUGUGGGAUUUCUGAAGGGACAGUGUGGCAGGGUUGAUGAUUAAUUGCCACUGAAAUGGCUGAAAAAGACGGACCUCAGUACCCCGAAUGUCCUGGAUCCUGUCUGAUCUUGGAAGCUAAGCAAGGAGGCCUUAAAGCAUGCCAUUGGAAUCCACUUAAACUGGUGGCUGUGGUCACCACUGGCCUUCUGUUGCUGGCUGGGAUUGGAGCUGGAAUCUGGGCUAUAGUGGUUUCUGUGCUGGAAAAUGAAAGGGAAAGCCUGUACACUGUUCAAGUGAGCCCUGGGGACCUGCGCCUCACCGUGUAUGAUGAAAAUGAAGGGAAAUGGAGGCUUCUUUGCUCUUCGUCUUUCAACGCCCAGGUGGCAGCCCUAAGUUGUGAAGAGAUGGGAUUUGUCAGGUCCCUCUCUCAUUCAGUGCUGGCUGCUAACAGUGCAGGGGCCAAUGGGACGUCAGGCUAUUUCUGUGUGAAUGAAUCUCAGCUGCCUUACGCACGAAGACUCACUGAGGCCAUUGUUGUGUGUGAGUGUCCAACAGGCCGAUUCCUGGCAACCCUGUGUCAAGAUUGUGGACGGCGAAAGAUGUCUGUGGACAGGAUUGUGGGAGGCCAAGAUGCCAGCUUGGGGAAAUGGCCGUGGCAAGUCAGCCUCCGCUACGAUGGGACACACCUUUGUGGUGGCUCUGUCAUCUCAGAUGAAUGGGUUAUCACAGCAGCACACUGUUUCCCUGAGCGAAACCGGGUGGUGAGCCGGUGGCGGGUGUUUGUGGGUGCUAUUUCCCAGUCGUCCACUAAGGGGCUGCAGGUGGGUGUGACAAGCAUUGUGUACCAUGGUGGCUACCAGCCCUUCCAGGAUCCCAACAGUGAGGAGAACAGCAAUGACAUUGCCCUGAUGCACUUGGCAACACCUCUUUCCUUCAAUGAAUUUAUCCAGCCUAUCUGUCUCCCAGCACUGGGCCAACCUCUGGUGGAUGGCAAGCUGUGUACUGUGACUGGCUGGGGCAACACACAGUAUUACGGACAACAGUCAGAUGUGCUCCAAGAGGCCAGUGUGCCCAUCAUCAGUACCACUGUCUGCAACAGUCCUGAGUACUACGGCAGUCAGAUAAGGUCGCGGAUGUUCUGUGCUGGCUUUGCUGCUGGUGGCACAGAUGCCUGCCAGGGUGACAGUGGUGGACCUUUUGUGUGCGAGGAUGGUAUCUCCCGGACUUCACGCUGGCGACUCUGUGGCAUUGUGAGCUGGGGCACAGGUUGUGCCCUGCCCAAUAAGCCUGGUGUUUACACCAAGGUCAAUGACUUCCAUGGAUGGAUCAUCCACACCAUGAAGUCUCAUUCACACACCACCGGGAUGGUGAUCCAGUACUGAAGCCACAGGAAGUGUGACAAUGAGCCACUGCUGGUCCAGCCUUCUUCCCUUCCAGUGAGAUGCUGCUGCUUUAAAAAGAAAAGAAAAAAACAAAAUAUCAAACCAGAAAAAGGGCUAUUUCAAAGGGAACAAAUACAGCCACUUGUUGGACUACGUACUUUGGACUGGCUCAGUGUUAUGGAAAUGGACCAAGUGAGUGCUUGCCAAUUGGCAGUCACAGUGCCUUGCCAGCCUUUUAAGUGUCUCUCACUCUGCCAAUAGGAAGUCUUUGCUGCUGUGUCAGCCUCUCAGGAAUGGUGCUUCUGGUCCUUUAAUUGCCCAGCUGUGAAUGAAUGUUGACCCUGCUUCUCAGGGCACUUCGGUUGGCUAAUAUGUGGUUAAUGUGGGUGCAAAGAUUGGUAUAGCUCAUGCUCAGAUCACAUCCACACUAAUAUCACUUCAGUUGAAGGUUCUGAAAAACAUGGCUAUAAAAAUACUGCACUGCAGCUGACUUUUUGAAAGCGAAGGUGCAGAUUUGAAGCUUUCCUAGCUUUUGGAUUUAAGCAUCCACUGCCUGCAAAUCUAGACAGUUCUUCUGGUGAAAAAAAAGGAAACCCACACAAAAUACUUGUUUUCAGAGUUUUUUUACUUUCAUUUCUCUUGAUGAUUGGCCUUAAGUAGAUAGUUGAGGAGUGGAGCUGGGUCAGAGCCCACAGGGGUGGUUGCAUCCUUACCUAAGGUAGGCUGCUAAAUCAUUUUCUCUGUGGAAAGGAGAACUGUGAGGUCUGUUAUGGAACAGAUCUAGAGCAUCAUUUGUUGGCACCAGUCUAUGGACAAACACUUUGAAUAGCACUGAUCUAGAUGAGCGGCUCAUACAGUAGCAAAUGAAAGUGGGCCCUGUUGGAGCCAAUGCUGGCUCCCUGCUUCAAACAGCCAGUCACACUGUAGGCUGCGGUGGUCCAAAAGACAGCAGUGUAGGGAGAUUAUUGUAGGAUCCAGAGAUUGUGAACACCACGUUUUUGGAUUAAACCCCCUGCCAUCCCACAAUUCCUAGUCACCCCAGAAUCUGGAAUUCGUGGGCAAAACAUAAGAGUUCCAAACUCUGCCGGGAUCCUUUUCAGUCUCCCAUACAAUAUAUGGGGAAAGGGUAGGAAGUAGACAUGAAUCUUUAUACGUUCUUUAUAUGUGCCUGCUUCAUUUCACCUCUAAAGUUGCUUGCCCAUUUUAAUUUUUAAUUCAUGGGGAAAGAAGCUUGUCUCAAGUCUUUUAGCCUUCCAGUGGAGCCUUCAGGAGGAGUUUGUAUGUUGCUGUGAGGACCUGAAAGAGGUAGAAAGGGGCAGGAAAAACCUUAAAUUUGACUGCUUGACUUUACAGGAGCCACAAUUUAUUAUCAAGAGUGGGAAAUAUGUGGUUCUCCAAAUGUGUGGGGCCUCCCCCCCCAUCAAUCCUAACUAACAUAAGCAGUGAUGGGUGAUCUGGCAAGAUGAAGUUUAGAUGACAUUGGCAGACUAUGGGUUCUAGAUCUCUGUUCUCAUUGUACAAAAAAGCAGAGUAGCACAAUAACAACCCCCCUCUGAACAAACCUUGCCAAGAAAACCCCAUGAUAGGUUUGCCUUAGGGUCACCAUAAGUCAGAAAUUACUUGACAACAAAAACAACACACACAAUAUCCUAAACCAAAAAAUCAAAGCUCCUACUAACAUUUCUAUUGGCCAUGAUUUUCCAAGGAUGCCCAGGGAGCAUGCCCUCUAUAGAUGUAGCAAGAACAGUAUAUAUUUGGGGGUGGGAAAAACCCUGAGCUGCUUCAGUUUUAUACCAGACACACCAAUGAAAAUUAGGUUGGGAUUAUACUCCAUUGAUACACAAAGAGUUGAUGCUAAUAUCUUGCUGUGCCAGUGAAUAAGCCCAUGUCUGGCUCCAGAGUUGAGGGGACCCUGAGCUAAACUGACUUCUAGUUGGGCCCUCUUCUCUCAUUGCCCUUUCCCCCUGGAGUUUCUAUGCUGGCAGCAGGGACUAGUGCUGCAGGUAGCACCAGGUGACUGGAUAUAGUCAUCCUUUACAAUUUUCAUCAUGCAGUACUUUAAGGUACUAUGGGAAAUUAACAUGGUAGCUGACCUCAGAGUAGAAUGGUAGGCUGCAUUUUUUAAAGCGAGGGCAGGGCAGGCAUAAGUAGAUGUUGCUGCCAAAUCUGAACAUAUGGGCAACUAUUUAGAGUGCCCUAAAUCAACUAUAUCUCCCCAGCAUAUCUACACACAGCUGCAUAAACAUCUACUUAUUGAUUCACUGAAAAAGUUAUGAGUUCCUGGCUGGGAUAAUCAGGUACGUUUGCUGUCUUCCAAGCCAAACAAACAAAGUGUUCUCCACCCCCACAUGAUAUGGCAGAGGCCAAUAUCUAUCAGGCUGGGAAGCACCCCAGGAUGUUCUUUUAUUAUAUUAUCUUACAGUGUAAAUAGAUUACUAUAUUGGGUCUCUGCUGUCCUACGUGAGCAUAGAUCGGUGCACUCGGAUUGUAUAUAUUUGCAUAAUUAUGAUGAUUUCAAUAAAUUAAACUUGUUUUGAUUAUG